ACUCCCGAAUCUCACACUCUCCAAAACCCUCGAUACUCUCUCUUUCCGUCUCUCACUUUCACUUUCCCUCUCCUCUUAAACAUGGAAGAAGAAGAUCUGCAAAAGGUUACAGAUCUCGUAAAGGAAAUGGUCUUUCGAUUGCUCUCGCAAAGCCCUAACCCAAGCCCUCAAUCCCCAGAUUUCCAAAAUUCUCUACGCUACGCAGUUCGCAUUCUCUCAAGCCGUUUGACACCUUCCAUUGCACCCGAUGCUGCCGCGAUCGCCGAGUCAAUCAAGCGGCGCCUUGCCACCCAAGGUAAUUCCUCUCAGGCCCUCACUUUCGCUGAUCUUUACUCCAAAUUCGCAUCUAAAAUGGGGCCCGGAAGUGUAAACAACAAGUGGGCGGUGCUUUAUUUGCUCAAAAUUAUAUCCGAGGAUAGAAAGAGUGCAAUAAAUGGACCCGAUUCCACAGUUUUGUUGCCUAAUUUGGCGUAUUCAGAUGCUGAACAAGGGAGUGAUUCAAGGGCUUUGCUUGGUAGGGAAAGUAGAGAAAAAGGGUGGAACAAUGGGGUUUUGUUGGUGGCAAAAGACCCGGAAAAUUUACGUGAUAUGGCAUUUAAGGACUAUGUAAAUUUAGUGAAAGAGGAGAAUGAGGUGUCUGAGGAGGCCUUAGUAAGGGAUGUAUUGUAUGCUUGCCAAGGAAUUGAUGGCAAGUAUGUGAAAUUUGAUGCCAGCAUGGAUGGAUAUGUAUUACUGGAUUCAAUUAAGGUUCCCAGAGCAACUAGGAUUAUGGUUAGGAAGCUAUGUGAACUGGGUUGGUUAUUUAGAAAGGUUAAGGGUUAUAUUUCAGAGAGUAUGGAUGGGUUUCCUGCCGAAGAUGUGGGAACUGUUGGGCAAGCACUUUGUGCUGCCUUGCAAGAUGAGCUUUCAGAGUACUAUAAGUUAUUGGCUGUUCUUGAAGCACAGUCCAUGAAUCCAAUCCCAUUGGUUUCAGAGUCGGCAAGUUCAGGAAAUUAUCUGUCGUUAAGGAGAUUGUCAGUUUGGCUUGCUGAAGUGAUGGUGAAAAUGAGGUUGAUGGCUGUUUUGGUUGAUAAGUGUAGAGUCUUGAGAGGUGGGGCAAUGGCUGGGGCCAUUCAUUUGCAUGCCCAGCAUGGUGAUCCCCUCGUGCAUGAGUUUAUGAGGCGUUUACUACAGCGGGUGUGCUCUCCGCUUUUUGAAAUGGUGAGAAGUUGGGUCUUGGAAGGGGAGCUGGAGGAUAUUUUUGUGGAAUUCUUUGUUGUAAGCCAUCCUGUGAAAGCAGAGUCACUUUGGAGAGAAGGUUACCGGCUCCAUGCGGGGAUGCUUCCUUCAUUUAUUUCACAAUUGCUUGCUCAGCGCAUAUUGAGGACAGGCAAAUCUAUAAAUUUCCUUCGUGUUUGUUGUGAUGAUCGUGGUUGGGCUGCUGCUGCUACUGAUGCUGCAGCUGCUGCGGGUACCACAACUGGAAGAGGGAGUUUAGGAUAUGGUGAAACUGGUGCUCUUGAAUCUCUUGUUGCCGAAGCAGCAAAGAGAAUUGAUAGGCAUUUAUUGGAUGUCAUGUACAACAGGUAUAAGUUCAAGGAACAUUGUCUUGCUAUCAAGCGUUAUUUACUGCUGGGGCAAGGUGAUUUUGUACAGUAUCUGAUGGAUAUUGUUGGACCAGAUCUUUCCGAGCCUGCUAAUACUAUUAGCUCAUUUAAGUUAGCAGGGUUGCUGGAAACUGCAAUCCGCUCAUCUAAUGCUCAGUAUGAUGAUCCUGAUAUCUUAGAUAGGUUGAGGGUUAAAAUGAUGCCUCAUGGAACGGGAGACAGGGGCUGGGAUGUAUUCUCAUUGGAAUAUGAUGCUAGGGUUCCACUAGAUACUGUGUUCACAGAGUCUGUCAUGGCAAGAUAUUUAAGAAUUUUUAACUUUCUAUGGAAGCUUAGACGGGUCGAGCAUGCACUUAUCGGUGCUUGGAAGACUAUGAAACCAAAUUGUAUAACUUCCCGUUCGUUCACCAAGUUGCAGCAAGCAGUUAAGUUGCAGUUGCUCUCAACAUUGAGAAGAUGCCAGGUUCUGUGGGAUGAUAUGAAUCAUUUCAUUACAAACUUGCAAUACUAUAUCAUGUUUGAAGUUUUGGAGGUGUCUUGGUCUAAUUUUUCAGAUGAAAUGGAAGUAGCCAGAGAUCUUGAUGAUCUGCUGGUAGCACAUGAGAAGUACCUCCAUUCCAUUGUGGAGAAAUCUCUUCUUGGCGAACGCUCUCGAACUCUUUACAAAUCUCUCUUUGUAUUGUUUGACCUUAUAUUGCGAUUUAGAAGUCACGCAGACAGGCUAUACGAUGGAAUUUAUGAAUUUCAAGCAAGAACCAUGGAAUCUCAAGACAAGAACAAGUCAAGAGGGAAAGCAAGUGAUAAAUCCUCUGAGCCUGGUUCAUGGAUUGGUGAGGGUGGGAAAGCCCUGACACAGCGAGCUGGUGAAUUUCUUCGUAAUAUGGGACGAGAACUGGAUGCAAUUGACAAGGAAUAUAAACUAUUGCUUGAUGAUUUCUUAUCUCAGUUACCUGUGCAGCAGCAUGUUGAUUUGAAAUUCCUGCUUUUCCGGCUUGACUUCACUGAAUUUUAUAGCCGGUUGAGUCAAUAGGAAGGCUGUUGAUUUAAUGAUAUUCCAGCGAGGGACUAAAUUCACUACUCAAGGCAGGAAUUGAGUGUAUUAGUUCACCAUGGCACACAAUAUGGCUUGAUGUUCUUAUCUCAGUUACCUGUGCAGCUGCACAUUGAUUUGAAAUUCCUGUUUUUUGGGCUUGACUUCACUGAAUUCUAUAGCCGGUUGCAUCAAUAGGAAGGCUGUUGAUAUUCCAGUGAGGGGCUAAAUUCACUACUCAAGGCAGGAAUUGAGUGCAUUAGUUCACCAUGGCACAUUGCUGAAUGACUGAACAAUCUUGUAGUGCGUUGCUGACAUCUGAUUGUAGUCCAAGUUUAAUUUCUUUGUUUAUAGAUGUUAUUUGCCCCAUUGUGAUCGCUUGUCUGAAGUUUGCAGUGAGUUGAAGGUAUUUUUGUGUUAAAUUGGGGUGUUAAGCAUAAUGUUGUACAUGCGUUGAUUCUAACAGUUUAAUUGAUGAGUUUGUGUUUUCUCACGGCUGUUCCAAGCUGUCCUUUCUAAGCUUGUAUACUUGUACGAUGAUCAACAAUACAUGCCAUGAGCUAUUUUUUUCCAUCUGUUUCUGUU